GACUCAUCCUUCGCCGGCGCGGCAAAGUGCUGUACGAGAUUCAAGUUGGUCUAGCCAAGUGGAUGCGCCACGCGAACCAAAUCCGGCCGACAGAUGCACCGAUCCUGCUCACAGGACCGAGUCGUAUGAGUCUAGAAAUGCUUCUGGACACUUUUGAUCUCGGCACCAUCCCAGAAAGUCAAUCAGUUGCUUCGUCAGAGGCCCAGCCUGAGCACGGAUCACAACCACGAUGCUGGGCAAACAGGGUCCGCAAGCCAGGGAGGCCACUGAAAGCAAAGGCAAAGGAGCUAGUCGAUUCGGCCAAUGUUGUCAGUGAUCCGCUGGCCAAUGCGCUCAAUUUGUCCGGUGCACCAUCCACAACCCCCUCAAAUUUUACGCUAGAUUUGCAGUGUUCGAGGCCGCAGUUCCUUCCGGAGGAGCUUCUCAACGAUCUCUUUUCUAUACUCCAGAAAAAUAUGCAGCUCCUUUAUGAACAGUCCAGCUGGGGAUGGGAUGAAGAUAAAAAGCGCGCCGAAACCUUCUCACCAAAGGCGUGGUUACUUCUGUGUCGCAUUGGCGUCGCACAGGAUUCACCUAAACAGAUGGCCGGAUUUGUUAGCUUUCGGUUUGAACGUGAAAGUCAGUACGCAGUUCUAUAUUGCUACGACAUCCAGCUGCGCGAGGAGUUCCGCGGAUUAUCAAUCGGUCGGUACUUAAUGGAUGUGUUGUCAAUGGUGGCUCGGGCACACCGCAUGGAACGGCUCCUUUUGACUGUAUUCAAAGAUAACAAGCGAGCUUUGAAAUUUUUCCACACACUCGGGUUCAAGACAGACGAGUCGGAUCCGUCACAGUUCAAAGAUAAUCCACCUGUGGAUUAUCAAAUCCUUUCAAAAAUUCUUU